GAAAACGACGUCGGAUCCUUUCGCUUUCCCAAUUCUCUGUGCCCUUUCAAAUUAAGCAGAGAGGCAGAGAUCGCUAAAAGAAAGUACUAAAGAAGAGAGUACCGUACGCACUACGCAGAAGACCUGAAAAGCUCAACACAGAAACAAAAUCAGAUAAAGAAGAGAGAAAUCAGGUUGAAAUUUCUUAAAUUCCAAGGGCACACUCUGAGUUUCUAGAGAGAGAAAGCGAAGCAAAGCUUAGAGAGAGAGAGAGAGAGAAAAUGCAAACAGAAGCGAGAAGAGGAGUGGUGGUAGAAGGAGGAGGAGGAGGAGGAGGAGGAGGAGGAGGAGCACAGAGAGGUCUGAAUUCGAGCCACGUCGAUGGCGGUGCGAGGAAACUCUCGCAGAUCGGAACUUUGUCGCAGCUUCUCGCCGGAGGCGUCGCCGGCGCUCUCAGUAAAACCUGCACUGCACCGCUCGCUCGCCUUACUAUUCUCUUCCAGGUGCAAGGUAUGCAUUCUGAUGUUGCAACAAUGAGAAAACCUAGCAUAUGGCGCGAGGCGUCGCGGAUUGUUGGUGAAGAAGGAGUUAGAGCUUUUUGGAAAGGGAAUCUCGUUACAAUUGCUCACCGUCUGCCUUACUCUUCUGUCAAUUUUUAUGCAUAUGAGCACUAUAAGAAGUUACUAAAGAUGAUUCCGGGACUGGAAAACCAUAGAGAUAACAUCGGUACAGAUCUUUGUGUGCAUUUUGUAGCCGGUGGUUCAGCUGGAAUAACAGCUGCUUCGGCUACAUAUCCGCUGGAUCUUGUGAGGACACGCCUUGCAGCUCAGACAAAUGUGAUGUACUACAGAGGUAUUUGGCAUACUUUACAAACUAUUACCAAGGAGGAGGGUGUUUUGGGCCUCUAUAAGGGACUUGGAGCAACUCUUUUGGGUGUUGGGCCAAGUAUAGCAAUCAGUUUUUCAGUGUAUGAAACAUUGAGAUCUUUCUGGAAGUUGCAUAGGCCCGAUGAUUCUACUAUCCUUAUCAGUCUGAGUUGUGGAAGUCUUUCAGGAAUUGCAUCAUCAACAGCUACAUUUCCAAUUGAUCUUGUGAGGCGCCGUAAGCAAUUGGAAGGGGCAGGUGGCCGGGCUCGUGUCUAUACAACAGGCCUUUUUGGUAUAUUUAGGCAAAUAAUCCGGAAUGAAGGCUUCCGUGGAUUGUAUAGGGGGAUUCUGCCAGAAUACUACAAGGUGGUGCCUGGUGUAGGUAUUUGUUUUAUGACUUACGAGACACUGAAGAAGCUGUUGACUGAUACUACUACCAGUUUGUAGUUGGCUCAUGUCAUUGUUGGUAGUCUGAUAUGCAACUGAAAUGAUGGGAUGGGCAUUGUUAUGUAAGCUCAUUUCUUUACUUGGGUCUUCUCACGGUGGUUGAAUUGCAAAUGCUGUGGUGAGAAUUCAUUUUUGCAAUGUAUAGAUACAGAACAGUUAAUUCUAUACCUAAGUGUACUGACAACGUGGUUUGUCUUCAAAAUUGUCGUAGAUAUCAUUCAUCAUUCUUCUCUUACAAGUUAGUGAGCUACAAUACAGUACUUUUAAGUGGAGCUUUUUGCUGCUGCUUCUUUUUUUAAUUCAUGAUUCCUUUGUAAACCUGAAAUUGUAGUGUGAUCUAAUGUCAGAACAAAUUGGGUUCAAUAAGCUAUAUUCCAUUGUUGGUGGUCUUCUUUUCAGA